UCAGACCGACUUCCCGCCGCCUCACUCCGCUCCUCUCUGCUCUCACACACCAACCUGUCCCAGUGUCCCCGGCUGCAGAGCCCGUUCACUGCAUGUCUGCAGGUCUCUGACCCCCCCUCACCUGAGGACCCGACGCAGGACCUGACUUUCACCAAACUGGAUUCCCGGAGCUCGUCACCAUGUCUGCCCGGGUUUAGAUUCUCCAUGGAGCUCUCUAACCUGUACGAGGUCGCGCCCCGACCCCUGAUGAGCAGCCUGACCCACGGCCAGCAGCCCCCCUCCGGCUACAGAGACCCGGCAGACCUCGGCGGUGAGAUCGGAGACAACGAGACCUCCAUCGACCUGAGCGCCUACAUAGACCCGUCCGCCUUCAACGACGACUUCCUGGCCGACCUGUUCCACCACAGCUCCCGCCAGGACAAGCUCAAGAUCAUGAACGGGGAGUACGAGUCGGUGCCGUGCGGGGGCCCGGGGCCCCAGCAGCUCUACAUGUCCAACUACAUGGAGUCCAAGCUGGAGCCGCUCUACGAGCCGCGCAUCCGGCCGGUGGCCAUCAAGCAGGAGCCCCGGGACGACGAGGACCUGAACCCGGGCAUGCCCCCCACCUACCACCACCCGCACCCGCAUUCCCAGCAGUACUCCCAGCAUUCCCAGCAUUCCCAGCAGCAGCAGCCGCCGCAGAUGCCGCACCUCCAGUACCAGAUUGCGCACUGCGCGCAGACCACCAUGCACCUCCAGCCGGGCCACCCGACUCCUCCGCCGACCCCGGUGCCCAGCCCGCACCAGCACCACCACCAACACCCGCACCAGCACCCGCAGCAGGGCGGCAUGAAGCUGCUGGAGCAGCAGCGGGGAGGCGGGAAGACCAAGAAGCACGUCGACAAGAGCAGUCCGGAGUACCGGCUGAGGCGCGAGCGCAACAACGUGGCCGUGCGCAAGAGCAGGGACAAGGCCAAGAUGCGCAACAUGGAGACGCAGCAGAAGGUGGUGGAGCUGACCACCGACAACGAGAGACUGAGGCGGAGGGUGGAGCACCUGACCCGCGAGCUGGACACGUUACGGGGCAUCUUCAGACAGCUGCCGGACGGAUCCUUCAAACCCAUGGGCAGCUGAGAGACUACUGACCCCGACUGGAUCCGGACUGGAUCCAGUCCGGAACCGGACUGGAGGUGGACUGGUACACUGCUGGAUUUAUACACACAUGGUUCUACAACUCUUCACGUACGGACGGACUGACAGCUGUGAGGAGACUGAGGCAGCUGAGGUGUUCACUGCAAACACAUCUGUCUGACCCGAACAUCUGGUCUCUGACUGAGACAUAAACUCAAAACAAGUGAAAAAGAAUCUGCACAGCGGCAAAGUUCACAAUCAAAAACUUUGCACAGUUUUUCUCAAACAGCUGAUUGUAGAAAAGUCUGGAGGCUGCGUUGUUAUUGGCUGCAGGUGGAAUCAUCUCAUUGGCUGAUUAUUUUCCACUUGUUGUGAGGGGCUCAGUCAGAGACGGAGACGUGCUCGGACGUGUCUCUGUUGCAGUGUUCAUGUGCCUUUUUAAACUUUUGUGCAAAAGCCAAUAAGCUCGUUCCCCCUGCAGAUCCAGAGGACUGGGUGUUUGUGCCUUAUUUCCGGACAGACUGGUGUGCCGCCACACACUCAACUCACAUAUCAGAGCAGCUAAGGUAGGGCCGGGUGGAGCUGACCCCCCCACACCAGCCUGUUGUGCAUGUUUCUCCUGAAUUAUUCCUUUGUUUUAUACAAGUUACGUCUCCAUAUCUUCUGAUAAACUAGAGUUUGUCUUUAUAGAGUUAUGAAAUGCAAAGUGCACACUGCUUUUAUAUAGGCUCAAGUGUAUGUACGUAUGUAUGUGUAUUUUCUGUCUAAUGCAUGAUGGAUCUAUAGGCUCAGCUCCCCUCUGCAGGAGGAGGAGGAGGAGGAGGAGGAGGAGGAGGGGGCUGCAGGUACGAGCUCUGUGUGGAGGUGCAGGUCAGAGCGUCAUCUGAGCGUCACGUGAUAGAAAGUUCAGCUCAUCAGAGAAAUCCUAGUAAAAGUAGAGUAAUCCACUGAGCAGCAGUCUGACGUCACCACGUCGCUCUGUCCGGUGGAAACCUUGUACAUCCACUUUUAGGAGAUUUUCAUGUUCAAACAGAUGGAGGUUAAACUUUUUGGAUCUUUGCACUAUGACACAAAAAGCUUCAUUUUCCCGCUCAAAAACAAGGCGGGGACCCCCCCCCCCUCUGAUGCCGUGGACAUACAAGGUUUUCAUGUGUCUGAUGAUAAUAAUCAAGUAUCUCCCUGAGUCUGGUCAUUUAAUGCCAAAGUGAAACACACACACACACACACACACACACACACACACACACACACUCAGACUGGAAUUGAAACUGUGGUACCUGCUUCAUCAGGUCAGCGUCCAGUGGAAACCUGGUAUCUCCAGCUCUGUAGGAACAUUGUGGUUUAACACACACACACACACGUGGAGAUGUGAGGUUUCCAGAGGACAGUGACAGGACAGCAGCUCUAUCGCAUGCACUAUUUGUCGUAGAUUGAAGCGCCGUGUUGUGUGUGACACAAUGCAUCAUGGGUACUGAUCUGAAAAGAAAACACGCCUCGCUCUUCAUGUAUUUAUGUUGUUGAGAAAAAACAAAAGCAAAAUGUGAAAAGGGUUUCUCUCUCUAUGCAACACGUCUCUUCCUCUUUUCCACUGUUGUAUCAUCACUCUCUCUCUCUCACACACACACACACACACACACA